AUGCUGCGGGGCUCGCCGGCCAUGGCAUUUGCCGCAGCUAUGCGGCGCUUGGCGCUGGUGCAUCGACGACGCGUGGCACGGAGCAUCGUGGUCACGCUGGUGUUGAUUGCGGCCUCCAUCUUUCUACGACUUCGGCGCAGGCUCCGAGAUGUGAGCACCUUGCCACGACUUCUCAAGAUCCGUGCGCCGCUGGUCCAUGCGGAAGGUACAGCGAGUACCGAAGUUGCGGCCACCGCCGCAAGUGAAGUGACAGCCAACAAGCAAGCCACCCCACCCGAAGUGGCGUGCGCCGUGCACAACUUCGCCAUGUUCACCGUCGGUGAGAAUGUUUCGUACCCUGGUGGUGAGCAGGGCAACGUGGUCGGCAUCGAUGAAGAUGGAGACCUGCAGGUCGUGACUCGAAGCGGCCGAAAGGCCACGUGGUAUGGAGCAAAAUGCUCUAAGGCGCUGAGCAAGGGAAACAGAGUUAGGUACGACUGCGGCGAAGUCGCAGAACUUGUAGAUUUCGACGGAGAUGGUGACCUCAUCGUCCAGAAGAGCAACGGCAAGAUGGCUUGCUGGUACCUCACCAACGCAGAGAGGCUGUUGAGUGCAGGGGAUAGCGUCAAAUACGUUUGUGGCGAGGUUGCGACAGUGGUCGGCUUCGAUGCCGAUGGCGACGUGAUUGUCCUCAAGCAGGGUGGCCGCCAAGCAACUUGGUUUGCGCACAAGUGCGCGUGA